AUGAUUGAGAUUCACCACUAUUAUGAGAAAGGGGAGAUAGGCUUCCUUGGUCCUACUUACCGGGAAGACAACACAACGUUGAGCUGUAAGUACAUUAAGGAGAGUGCAAAGCACCAGAGAAAAAACCCAUCUUCCUUGAUAGGGGGAACUCUCUCUUAUUGUCUUGCUAGCUUGCAACCAUACCAUCUUACAGACCCUACAAUCGGGACCUUCUUUCUUACCCUCAGGGGGGAGACCGGAUUCCUUUCUUUCCUAUUUAGAACUGCAGAUUUGUCUUUGUCGCUGGUUCGGACGUGCAUCGGCGGCCCCCUUUCCACUUCAAUCGUGGAAAGUCAGAAGCAAGAAUCAUUGAUUCCUGACCCCCUUAUCUACGACAACUCCAGAUCAACUAAUUUUCCUUCUAGUUGA